GAAAAUUUCCCGCGAAAUUUUAUUUGGCUGCGACACAAGCGAGGCAUCGUCUGAAUUUUUGUCACAACAGCUACAGUUUUCAUCUGGAGCAGACUAAGUAAACAUACAGCACUAAGAAAAUGUCAAGUCCCGCUCGUUCGCCCAGUGUUGGAGCUGCCACACCCAAACAGGGAGCUCGCACUCCCACAAGAGGCAUUGUCGCGCAGGAUGUGGAGACGCCCAUGCGUAUGGGUCCCGGCAGGGCCGGCGUACGACCCUCGGACAACAUAAGUUUACCGCCCACUUCACCAGGAAACAUUAGUUUGCCGGCUACUAGUCCAGCUCGAGGAUUGGGUGCCAACAUGAGCGAGAUCGAUCUAAGUUCGCCGCUUAACUACGGCACGCCAAGUUCAAUGGGCUCCAUUCGCACCCCGCGCUCCGGAAUAAGAGGCACUCCGUUGCGGGCACGACCUGACAUCCGGACGGACAAGCGCAUCCGCCAGGUGGCUAUUAGUGGAGGCUCAGGGCUAGAAACUAUUCCCGAGAAAGGCUCUGAGACCACCGAUCCUGUCUCUGAAUCCUCGCAGGCACCACAGCUUGUUGUCUGGGGCACAAAUGUGGUUGUCAGCCAGUGCAAGUCCAAGUUCAAGUCGUUCAUAAUGCGUUUUAUUGACCCGGGUGCAGAGCAGGAUGAGAUCUCGGAGAACAUCGAUGUCAAUCAGCCGCUUUAUCUGCAAAAGCUAGAGGAGAUACACACGCUGGAGGAGCCGUAUCUUAAUCUCAAUUGUGCCCACCUAAAGACCUUUGACCAAGAUUUGUAUCGCCAGUUGAUCUGUUACCCGCAAGAGGUUAUACCUGGGUUUGACAUGGCCAUCAACGAGAUGUUCUUUGAACGAUAUCCAGCCGCUUUACUGGAGCACCAAAUCCAGGUGCGUCCUUUCAACGCGGACAAGACGCGAAACAUGCGCUCCUUGAAUCCCGAGGACAUGGACCAGCUGAUCAGCAUCAGCGGCAUGGUGAUUCGCUCGUCAAAUGUUAUUCCUGAGAUGCGCGAGGCGUUCUUCAGCUGCAACAUUUGCUCCUUCAGCACUACCGUCGAAGUGGACCGUGGUCGAAUCAAUCAGCCAACGCUGUGCACCAACUGCAACACGAACCACUGUUUCCGUCUGAUCCACAACCGAUCCGAGUUCACGGACAAGCAGCUCGUCAAGCUGCAGGAGUCGCCGGAUGACAUGGCAGCCGGUCAAACGCCUCACAAUGUGCUCCUGUAUGCCCAUAACGAUUUAGUAGACAAGGUGCAGCCGGGUGAUCGUGUUACAGUCACGGGCAUUUACCGGGCCACGCCGCUUAAGAGCGGUGGCCUUAGUUCAUCGGUAAAGAGCGUGUACAAGACCCACGUCGAUGUGGUGCACUUCCGCAAGGUAGACAACAAGCGACUGUAUGAGGAGGAGGAAGGGAAGGAUCACAUCUUUCCGCCAGAACGUGUUGAGCUGCUGCAACUGCUGGCCAAAAAGCCGGAUAUUUAUGACCGCCUAGCCAGAGCCAUUGCGCCCUCUAUUUACGAGAAUGACGACAUCAAGAAGGGCAUUUUGCUGCAGCUUUUUGGUGGCACUAAAAAGAAACAUGCAACUCUUGGCCGUCAGAACUUCCGGUCGGAGAUCCACUUGCUGCUUUGCGGCGAUCCGGGUACAUCCAAGUCUCAGAUGCUGCAGUACGUCUUUAAUUUAGUGCCAAGAUCACAGUACACUUCAGGACGCGGUUCUUCGGCUGUGGGCUUGACUGCCUAUGUGACCAAGGACCCGGAAACGCGUCAGCUGGUCCUGCAAACGGGUGCUUUGGUUUUGGCUGACAAUGGUGUUUGCUGCAUUGACGAGUUCGACAAGAUGAACGACUCGACGCGCAGCGUUCUCCACGAGGUGAUGGAGCAACAGACCCUUAGUAUUGCCAAGGCGGGCAUAAUCUGUCAGCUGAAUGCAAGGACCUCCAUCCUAGCAGCCGCCAAUCCUGCCGAGUCGCAGUGGAACAAGCGCAAGAACAUCAUUGACAACGUGCAGCUACCGCACACUCUGUUAUCUCGCUUUGAUUUGAUAUUUCUGGUCCUGGAUCCCCAGGAUGAAAUUUUUGACAAGCGUCUGGCAAGUCAUUUGGUAUCGCUCUACUAUGUGACCCGGCACGAAGAGGAAGACACCAUGUUUGAUAUGAGUGUUCUGCGCGACUACAUUGCCUACGCCCGAGAACAUCUGUCGCCCACGCUCUCCGAUGAAGCGCAGCAGCGAUUGAUUCAGGCCUACGUGGACAUGCGCAAGGUGGGCGCCGGUCGGGGACAGAUUUCUGCAUAUCCUCGCCAACUGGAGAGCCUUAUUCGUCUGUCGGAGGCGCACGCCAAAGUGCGACUCAGCAACGAGGUAGAGUUGCAGGACGUGGAGGAGGCUUGGCGACUCCAUCGAGAGGCACUCAAGCAGUCGGCGACUGAUCCGCUGUCCGGCAAGAUCGACGUGGGAAUCCUUACCACUGGCCUAUCCACUGCAGCCCGCAAGAAGCGAGCAGAUCUGGUUGCAGCAAUUAAGGAGAAUCUUAAGAAGAAGGGCAAGGUUCUCACAGUUCCAUAUCAGAAACUAUUCAACGAUAUCAAGGAAGGGUCCCAAAUAAUGAUCACACGUGAGCAAUUCGAGGACGCUUUAAAGGAGGUGCAAGAUGAAGGAGCAAUUGUUGUCAUGGGAAAAAAUACCAUUCGUAUUUGUUAAUUUUAUAAUAUUUAUCUCAUUUGAAAUCAUAAACUCACUCAUUCCUAUUUUAAGCGCUAUUUCAUCAAUAAUUUAAAAAAUAAAAAAUGCUUAAUUA